GGCUCUGGGCUCCCGGCUCCGCUCCCCGCUCUCAGGCACCGCCCGCGCCGCCUACAAAAGCAGCGGCAGCAUCCGAGCUCCGGCUGCGCCCAGAGGGUCCCGGCCCCGCUCCAGCAUCAGCCCGGACCGAACCGAAGCGACUGGAAGGUGGGGAACGCUGCCCGGCCGUGCUGCGUCCCUGCACAGCGAGAGGGGGCUGCCAUCCCGACACGGCUGUGCUCUGCCAUGGAUACACACGCUGCUGCGGCUGCACCCAGAAGAGGAAAGGAUCAGCACCCUGAAUCAGCUGCGCCUGGAACCGGGAGGGUCCCAAACCCCGACGUGGCUGUGCUCUGAACCCGGAGGGUCCUGCGCCCCGAUCUACCUUCGUGCCCCAAACCUUCUGCAUGCCCUGAGCCAGCCGUGCCCUUAUCCAGGACGGUGCUGUGCUCCAAAGCAUUCUCACCCCUGAACCUGCUGCACCCAGAAGCAUCCUGACCUCCAAACCCAGACUGCGCUGCUCCCCGAAUCAUCCUCAUCCCAGAGAGUGCUGUGCCCUGAAGCAUCCUCCCCACCGAACCUGCUGUACCCUAAACCCAAAGGGCUCUGAGCCCCGAAGCAUCCUCGUGCCUGGUCUGGCAGUACCACGCUGUAAUGAAUGACACCCCGCCGCUGGAAGCGGAGCUGGAGCAGCGGAGGCUGCUCAAUGCCUCCCUGAACGAGUCCUAUGCCAACCAAUUCAUCCAGCCCCCGUGGCAGGUGGCCCUAUGGGCCAUUGCCUACACCCUCAUCGUGGUGGUGUCGGUGGUGGGGAACGUGGUGGUGAUGUGGAUCAUCUUGGCACACAAGAGGAUGCGCACCGUCACCAAUUACUUCUUGGUGAACCUGGCUUUUGCUGAAGCCUCCAUGUCUGCCUUCAACACGGUGGUGAACUUCACUUACGCCAUCCACAAUGAAUGGUACUACGGGCUGCUCUACUGCAAGUUUCACAACUUCUUCCCCAUCGCUGCCGUCUUUGCCAGCAUCUACUCCAUGACAGCCAUCGCCCUGGACAGGUACAUGGCCAUCAUUCACCCACUGCAGCCCCGGCUCUCAGCCACCGCCACCAAAGUGGUCAUAGGUGUCAUCUGGCUCCUGGCCUUCCUGCUGGCCUUCCCACAGGGCUACUACUCAGUGACAGCAGAGCUGCCCAACCGGACAGUGUGCCUGGUGGAGUGGCCAGAGAACAGCACCGAUGUGUACGGAAAAACGUAUCACUUCUCCAUGACUGUCCUGAUCUACUUCUUGCCACUGCUGGUGAUAGGCUGCGCCUACACCGUGGUCAGCAUCACCCUCUGGGCAAGCGAGAUACCCGGCGACUCCUCUGACCGCUACCAUGAGCAGGUCUCGGCAAAGCGGAAGGUUGUGAAGAUGAUGAUCAUUGUGGUGUGCACGUUCGCGCUGUGCUGGCUGCCCUACCACAUCUACUUCACCCUGCAGUAUAUCAACCCCGAUUGGUACCUGCAGAAGUUCAUCCAGCAGGUCUACCUGGCUGUCAUGUGGCUGGCCAUGAGCUCCACCAUGUACAACCCCAUCAUCUACUGCUGCCUCAAUGACAGGUUCCGCGUGGGCUUCAAGCAUGCAUUCCGGUGGUGCCCAUUUGUCAGUGCUGCUGAGUACGAGGGCCUGGAGAUGAGGUCAGCCAGGUACUUGCAGACACAGAGCAGCAUGUACAAGGUCAGCAGGAUAGAGACCACCGUGUCCUUGGCAGCUGGUGCAGCCGAGGAGGAGCUGGAAGAGAACAAAAAGAGCAAACGUCUCUCUGUAGACAUGACCUCCAAUGGCUCCUCACGCAGUGACUCCAAAACUGUCUCCGAAAGCUUCAGCUUCUACUCCAACACGCUCACCUAAGCAGUUGCCAAACUGUGUUAGCCACCCAUCAGGGUGCUGCCAUACCUUUCCCUCGCUGGGAUGCUCCAGCACAUGAUCCACCCAACAUCAUCACCCUAGUUUGUAAUGUACUGGCUUCUCUCUCUGCUGUUUUAUCAUCUCCUGCUGUGCUGCUGCUCACCUGCGAUGCUUGAGUGAGCCCAAGAUCAAAAGCUUCAGACUGAUUUCACGUGUUCCAUCAUGGCUCAUGUCCAAACACAAUCAAGGUUUUUCUGGCCUCCACGUUGCUUUCUGCCUCUCAGGGCAGCAGGUGUCUCUCACUGCAUCCAUCCUCCAUGUGAAAACGAACCAAUCUUUCCUGCUCCCGACAUUAAUUUCAUUCUAUCCUUCCCAGUCGAGUAUCCAGAGUGGUAUUCAAUACCAAAAUCAAGCAGAAAUUCUGUUUUCAACUUCAGGAGCCCAAACUCCCUUCUGACACCACUGGCCACUCAGUGCUUCAGCUGAACGUGGUGGUUUUGCAGUCUCAGCUCAUCUCUGGCACCCACUGUUCUGCAAAGAGCCACUCCACAGCCCAGAUCAGCUCAUCAAAUCAGGGCUCUUGAAAAGGAUUGGGGAACUAAGCCAGGCUUUGGUUGCCAUUGAUCAUCCAUCUGUGCCAAAAUCAAUCACUGUGAUUUCAUGCUGGGCUCAAGGCGAUACGUCACGCAUUGAUUUUGGAAGUCUCUGGAGCUCUGGAGAAGAAUUGACUGAAUGGACAAGUUCUUCACAACCUGGAAGUGCCUGGAGCUGCUCAGAAAGGGGCACAGGAGGUUUCCAUCAGAAAAACAAAGCUUUGUCAAUAUAAAAUGUUGGAAGGGUGACAUGAAUUUUGAAUAAGUUUUGACUCAGGGGAGAGCGGAAAAGAUUUCACUCACACUUUCUGGAUUUUGUUUUAACCAGGGGAAUGUUUCUGUUUUCUUCUCCCUGGCUUGUGUAUGAAGCAUUAAGUUUAUGUUGUAACUUGGAUGUUUGUUAUGUUCUAGUCCUGUUCUGAUGGUGCAGUUUUCACAGGGGGCUGCUCUCAGCAAGGGCUCCUUUGGUUGGUAAAUGUAAGAAAAUGGGGAAUAAAUGAAAUAAAAUGAGAAGUUGGCCAAUGUAGCUCGUUAGGAACAAACCCACCAGUCUGGGGCUGUUGUAUUGACUGCUCCUUCCUGCUCGAGAGCUGCUGGCAUAAUCUCUCACUUUUUUUGGUGCAGAAAUCAGACUCCCAAAGUGGAUUGAACUUUGCCACAAGCUCCACAGGUGCUGUGCUGCCAUUACGUGAGAAGGUGCUAUGAACCAGAGCCAAAUGCUGAUUUACUUCCAGCUGCCAACCCAAAAUCAAGGCAAAAGUGAAUGUCUCAAAGUGCAGUGGAGAGCCAGCAAGUAAGGCCAGCAGAGAUGUGGUCCGCAAGCACCAUCCUUGAGCAUGCAAGUUUGUGUUGGCUUAUGAGCUUACAGAAGUCAGCAUUCAAAUACACAAAAAAUAACCAGGCUGCCUUUUUUCCUCCUCUUUGUCUGAUGCCCUCAGGAUGCUGUGAUCACAUUUAGGCUCCAGGCCAACCUGUGGGAUGGGGUGUUUGGGGUGGAGCUGUGUCCAUGCUGAUGACAUCCAGCUUUCCUAUCAGCUCAAUGGCAAUACAGAAGCUUCUCCUACUUCAUUAAGCCUGGUUUUCUAGUUAUCUUUCAGAUCUCUGGUUAGAAAUUCAAUUGCAAAGCAAGAGAGUUUCUUUGCCUCCUUCCUGAUUCUCUGAAAUGCAAGACCACACAGCCAAAGCUCCCAGCACAAGAGCACCUCGCUUUUGCUUGCUAUUAAUAAUUAUAGGAACAAAACCCAACCACACAGCUCUCAGGCUUCAGCAACCUGUUAGUCUAAUCGCACCAUCCUGCCCUCCCCACCCCCAAAAACCUGUCUCCAGUUGUGUAAUUCACAUGGUGGUUUUAAUGAAAAGCUUAACAUCCAACUUGGCCCCUUCUCUCAUGGCUUAUCCGCCCAAAAUACCAUCACUGUUGGAGCUUCUAUCACAACCAUCAGUGAAAUGUGCUUUCUGGGGCAUGUCAGGGGAGGGACAAUGAAUCCCAACAGCAGCUGAGGGUAUGAGAAGACUCUCGGGUGUCUCUGCCCUUAACCUUUCCAUCCCAGACAAAAGGCUUCCAGUUUCAGUGCAAUACAAUAUGCCUGAGGGAUGUGAUGGGACAAGCUGCGCUGCAAUGUACGUUAAGGGUUUGGGUAUUUGGUGUGGUGCAGUGCAUAGGAGCUUUGGGUGAGGUUCCUCCCAUGGUAGCAUCUCUAUACAGCUAAAGCUUCCCUACACAGAGCCCUCCUGUUCCAAAUGGCCUCUCUAAUUAUUGGGUUUCUUAAUUCCCAGUGGAUUUUCAUAAAUAAAUGUUUCUUUUGUCGAGGCUA